AUCAAAUAACAUUGGUAACAACAGCCACCUCAGCGCAACUUCAACAUUACAGCUGGAGAGUCAUGCCUACUGCAAAGAACAACCAGCAGAGUACUGUCUCCUAUGAUCUUUGGAGAUAAAGCUGCAUCUCCAGUGGCCAAGUAGACUUAAACAAAAAGGUGGACUUUGUUGUGACUACCAUUACCAAUAACCUGAAAGAAGGUCUUCUAGUUCUCCCAUCAUUUCAGUGAACAACCUGGUGAUCAACUUAGAAAUUCAAUGGAGGAAAUGGAAACCAAGUUCUGCAGCAGUGACAAAGAGGAAGCUUUCAAAAGAGAACUGCCAUACUGCAUAGGAGAAAUCGACUUCACAGCUUCUGGGAAGAAACGUGGGAAGUUUAUUAAGGUCCCGUGUACUAUUCAUCCUGGAAUUAUAUUCGAAGUUAUGCUCAACAAAUGGAAGCUACCUGCUCCCAAUUUGGUCGUCUCUUUAGUAGGGGAAGAAGAAAAUUUCCAGAUGAAGCCUUGGCUACGGGACACCUUAAAAAAAGGACUCAUAAAAGCAGCUCAAAGCACAGAUGCCUGGAUUUUUACCAGUGCUUUACGUGUUGGAAUAACAAGGCACUUAGUGCAAGCAGUCCGAGAUCACGCACUGGCUAGUGCUUCAUCCAAAGUAAGAGUGAUUGCCAUAGGAAUAACUUCCCUCGGAAAAAUUCAGCACAGAGAAAUUCUGGAGAACGCAAAGGAUGAAAGCCUUGUACAUUACCAAUCAGAUGAUAAUGUCCAAGGCCCACUGUAUUCACUGGACCACAACCAUUCCCAUUUUAUUCUGGUGGAUCACGUAACAUCAGAGGAUCCAGACAGAACGACUGAACUACGGCUCACCUUGGAAAAGCACAUUUCAGAACAGCGCACUGGGUAUGGUGGAACGGGUAGCAUUGAGAUUCCUGUGCUUUGCUUACUGGUAAAUGGAGGACCAGGCACACUUGAGAGGAUUUGCAUCGGUUUGGAAAAUUCUGCUCCCUGGCUUAUCUUAGCAGGGUCUGGAGGUACAGCUGACAUCUUAGCUGCAUUCAUGAAUGAACCACAGCUUAUUGUGCCAGAAGCUGUUGAAAAGCAAUUUAAGGAGAAAUUCCCUGCAGAAAGCUUCUUGUGGAAGGACAUUCUCCAGUGGACAGCAACAAUUCAGAACAUUAUUUCACACCAACAUCUUCUAACUCUGCACAACUUUGAGCAAGACGAUUCAGAAUUAGACACAGUCAUUUUAAAAGCUUUAGUAAAAGCCUGUAAAAGUCACAGUCAGGAGGCCCAGGAAUAUUUGGAUGAACUGAAGUUGGCAGUGGCCUGGAACAGAGUGGACAUCGCUAAAAGUGAAAUAUUCAAUGGUGAUGUGGAAUGGAAGUCCUGUGACCUGGAGGAAGUGAUGAUGGAUGCUCUGAUCAAUGACAAACCAGAAUUUGUAAAGUUAUUUAUUGACAAUGGGGCCAACAUAUCCGAAUUCCUGACAUACAGUCGUCUGCAGAGACUCUACUGUUCCAUUUCUCAGAAAUGUCUCCUCUACAAACUUCUACUGAAGAAACAUGAGGAAAGCAAAGUGACCUUGGCAGGGCUCACAGGUCAGCAGCAGCAGGAGUCCAACCCACUCUUCACUCUCAGUGAAGUUUCUAGAGUUCUCAAGGAUUUUCUCCAUGAUGCAUGCAAAGGUUUCUAUCAAGAUCUCAGACACGGAGGCAAGAAGAGAUUUGAUAAAACAAAUGCAAGGCAAUUACCUGGGCCCUUGGACAUGAACCAGAAAAGUAAAAAUCCUUGGAGGGAUUUGUUUGUAUGGGCAGUACUUCAAAACCGGCACAAGAUGGCAAACUAUUUCUGGGCUAUGGGUCAGGAGGGUGUAGCUUCAGCUCUGGCAGCCUGCAAGAUCCUUAGGGAGAUGUCCCACCUGGAGACAAAGACUGAAGUAGCACGUAUAAUGAAAGAAGCCAAGUAUGAGCAGCUUGCUGUUGAACUUUUCAGUGAAUGCUACCGAAACAGCGAGGAGAGAGCAUUUGCUCUGUUGGUAAGAAAAAAUCAGUACUGGAGCAAAACCACCUGCCUUCAACUGGCUACAGAAGCAGAUGCUAAGUCUUUCUUUGCACAUGAUGGUGUCCAGGCCUUUCUAACAAAAAUAUGGUGGGGAGACAUGUCUACAAGCACGCAGAUCCUGAAAUUAAUCUGUGGAUUCUGGUGUCCUUUCCUAAUCUACACAAAUUUAAUAACAUUCAGUGAGGAAAAGCAGUCAAAGAAAGAACCAGAGCCAUUCAGAGAGCUGGACAGUUCAGACACAGAAAGGACUUUGUUUCUUUCUAAGGAAGAAUAUGGAGGAAAUGGUAAAUUAGAAAAGCAGAACCCUUCUGAAAACACAGCGUGGGCAACAUUCUUGUUUACUCGGUGGAAAAAAUUCUGGAGUGCCCCUGUAACUGUAUUUAUGGGAAAUGUUAUAAUGUAUUUUGCUUUUCUGUUUCUGUUUACUUAUGUCCUUUUACUGGAUUUUAAACCACCUCCACCUGAGGGUCCAUCUGUUAAAGAAAUUAUACUUUACUUCUGGGUUUUUACCCUGGUCUUAGAAGAAAUUCGACAGAGUUUCUUUACAGAUGAAGACACAAAUUUAAUGAAGAAAUUCAAACUGUAUCUAGAGGAUAACUGGAAUAAAUGUGAUAUGGUGACCAUCUUCCUUUUCAUAAUUGGGGUAACCUGCAGGAUGCUGAAUUCAACUUUUCAAGCUGGCCGCACAAUACUUGCCAUUGAUUUUAUGGUGUUUACCCUUAGACUUAUACACAUUUUUGCAAUUCACAAACAGCUUGGACCAAAAAUCAUAAUUGUGGAAAGGAUGAUGAAGGAUGUUUUCUUCUUUCUAUUUUUCUUGAGUGUAUGGCUCAUUGCCUACGGUGUGACAACUCAAGCUCUGCUUCACCCUGAUGACAACCGAGUGGAGUGGAUAUUCAGAAGAGUGCUUUAUCGUCCCUACCUUCAGAUAUUUGGCCAGAUUCCACUGGAUGAAAUAGACACAUCACGAGUGUUUCCCAGGAACUGUACACUUAAUCCAUUGCAGAUUCUGCAGGACAACUCACCAUCAUGUCCUAACAACUACGCCAACUGGCUCGUCAUACUUCUGUUGGUCAUCUUCCUACUAGUCACAAACGUUCUCCUUAUGAACCUCCUGAUUGCUAUGUUCAGUUACACUUUUCAAGUUGUUCAGGGCAAUGCAGAUAUCUUCUGGAAGCUUCAGCGAUACAACCUGAUUGUUGAAUAUCAUGGACGGCCUGCCUUAGCACCACCAUUUAUCAUUAUUAACCACAUUACUCUGGUUCUCAGAAUAAUCUUCAACAAAAAGGAACAUAAAAAAGAACAUCUGGAAAGAGAUCUUCCAAUUGGCCUAGAUCAAAAAAUCAUAACAUGGGAGCUGGUGCAAAAAGAAAAUUAUCUUGUAAACCUUGAACAAGAAAGGAAAGAAAGCAAUGAAGAAAGGCUGAAGGCCACAUCUAAUAAGGUGGAUAAUUUAUCUAAAUACCUUAGUGGGUUGAAAGAACAAGAAAGGCGGCUUAAAGUUAUAGAAUCACAGAUAUGCUACUGUACAGCUGUUAUCUCUUCAAUGGCAGAUGCUUUAACCAAAAGCAACCUCCUGCGCAACCAACCAGCUCCAGACUAUACACGUUUGAUGAAUGCCAACACUGAAGUGCCUUCGCCAGAGAGGGGUGAAAGAGAAGAGCAUGCAGAUCCAUCUGAGGCUGACAUCAUGUACAUCGAUAAUUAAAUUUUAUUCUCAUUUCUUUGAGUUAAACUUUUUCCCCUACUGAAUUACUGUAGAAAUAAAAUCCUAAUCUCAUGAAGGCCUAAGACCCAAAUCUCAAAGCCUUUGAUUUGCCUAUCUUCACACCUAAUGUCAAACACCGCUAAUGUUUAACGCUGCUGAGGAUUUCUGGGCAUUCUUCAACUCCUUGGACUUUCUUCCCUCUUGAUGUUGCUUAGUCAUUUAUCCAACACUCCCCUCCAUUAAUUGCGCUACUUCCCCUCCAGGAUGACUACCACUUUAUGUUCUAUAUAGCCUGUGUUUUGUUCUCUAAGUUGCAUACCCUCAAUCAAACUUUCAUCACUACCAAUGUCCACAUUUCUGUGUUCUUUUCAAGGGAGCUUCCCUUUUGAAAGGAAUCAUUUCCUCACUAAAACCCAACCCACUUCCUGGGCCAAGAAAGCAAGCUUGCAUUUACAGGUUGCUUUUGAAGAAAGUUUCUACAGGAAAGAAAGGGCCUGGGAUACUGAACUAUUACAAUGCAGAUCCUAGAGUUCUUAUCACCCUCAAAUGAUUGUACUUACCGUCUUCUCUUCCCAGUCUGGCUUCUGUGGGAUAUUACCUUUCUGACUGUUCCUUAAAGCGCUUCUCGCUUGUCCCCAGAAGCUCAUUGCAUGGUCCUCAAGUUUUCAAUGGCUUGCAGUCAGUUUCCAAAGACAAAACAGGUGACCCUCCCAGUCAGACCCCCUGCCCCUGCUGCUUCCUGUUUUGUUUUAGUGCCAGACUGUAUCUGCUGUCAGCUCACUGCUGAGACACCUUGCCCUUGCAUCUACAGCCAAGCAUUUUUCUGAUUUUAUUCUACGUUUUUCUCUCAAAGCUCAGAAAAAAAGAAAAAAAAAAAAGAAUUUAAAGCAAGAAUUUUCCUAGAAACUGAGAAUUUGGACUGCUGGCCAUUUUUUGCAUUACUUUAACUGGCAUGUACCUUUUAAGUAUACAAAUGUUAGCUGGCUUUACUUUAAUUUUGUAUGAAAAGAUACACAAAUAAAAUGGAUCUCACUACUGUCCUGUAAUGGGAGAUUUCUUUGAACUAACAUAAAUAGGAAGUAAUAGGUUGUGGUCAUACUCUGAUAAGCUUCAACUGAACUUCAUUUCCUCACAUCUAUUGUAACACACCUCUUACACAACAUAAAUAAAGGUUGCAUGGAAACUUUCUCUACUGCCAGGUAUCUCAAUACAGAGGUGAGAAAAACAUCUCAAAACUGAUCAAAAUGCCUUUCCAACAUCAGUCUUUUUAAAUAUAAAUUAAUCGUUAUGAUGUCUUCAUAAAAUAGGCAUUUGUCCAGCUUAUUGAACUGUGCCCCAGACCUUAGUGGUGACAUUAACAGUGAUGGAAUUUUGGUGCUGUGCUCAAUGCUCAUCACCCUAGGCAAAGGAGAAGUUACAAAACCAGUGGGUGCGUACAGAGCUACGUU